GUUGGUGCAAGCCCCAAGCUACAGGAAACCCAAGCUACCGAGUGUCGGAGCUGUUGCGUUGCCGGACGUCGCUUCGUCCAUUACAAAGUCCUCCUCAGGGCCUUUUCACACCAACAGCAUAACGUUUCCUCCUUAUAACUUUUCAUAGAGGCAUACAGUAUGGCAGCGAGGUUGGCUGUGCUGCUCUGCGCAGCCUUGUUUGUGGCAGUUGCCGCUGCACGCUCCAUACCUACCAGUACCUCUGAUCCUGACGCACGCAAGCGUAUUAUUACGCUCGAUGCGGAUGCCCGGAUUUACCUCUGGCGAGGCUUCCUUACGCCAGAGGAAUGCGACUACAUUCGUAUGAAAGCGGAGAAGCGGCUCGAGCGAUCGGGCGUCGUUGAUACCGCCAGCGGCUCCAGCGUGGUGUCUGAUAUCCGCACAUCAGAUGGAAUGUUCUUUGAACGUGGCGAAGACGCCAUCCUUGAGGCUGUUGAGCAGCGCCUUGCAGACUGGACCAUGACGCCCAUCUGGGCCGGAGAGGCGCUGCAGGUGCUGCGCUACCGGAAAGACCAGAAGUACGACUCGCACGUGAACUACUUUUUCCAUAAGGAGGGUUCGGCAAAUGGCGGCAACCGGUGGGCCACCGUGCUCACGUACCUCACGGACACGGAGGAGGGUGGCGAGACGGUGUUCCCCAAGAUCCCGGCGCCGGGCGGGGUCAAUGUGGGUUUCUCGGAGUGCGCCAAGUACAACCUGGCAGUCAAGCCGCGCAAGGGAGACGCCAUUCUGUUCCACAGCAUGAAGACCAACGGGCAGCUGGAGGAGCGGUCGCUGCACGGCGCCUGCCCCGUCAUCAAGGGGGAGAAGUUCAGCAUGACCAAGUGGAUCCACGCCGGCCACUACGACAUGAAUGACGCGUACGACGAGCGCUAUCGGGAGUAUCUGGCUCAUCUCAAUCGCAAUGUUGACCGCACUGGCGAACUUUAAGGGCUCCAGCGAUACCUACACGAUGUGAGAUGUACGGCAUGCUGCCAUACCCUGCGUGCCGUACGAACGCGCGCAUGAUCUUAUGAUGGAAGUGAACCUGGCAGGAGAGCGCGCGCGUCUGUUUUUGCUGUACAGAUUGAGACGUAUGUGGUACUCUUGGUACCGUUAGGCAAGGUGCAGGCCUGUAGUGAUAGGUUCGUGAUGUAUUUGCUAUAUGUCGCGAAAGCUGUCGUACUGUUAAGUUAUUAAGUCGUAAUGGCAAAUAGAAAUAGUGAACUGGAAAUGCAACUUGGCUGAAGAUUUUCCAUCAGGUGGUGUCUGCUGUGCCCUGCUGAAUGAAGCUACUGUGGAGCUGGCACGUCCGUUGCACGUCUGCCGGCUGCAAACAGCACCAAGAUAGCUGACAUGGACAAGCCAAUAUUAAACCUUUAUUGAAUAAACAACAGGACUUGCGGAAUUAAAUAAGUCACCAGCCGGGUGGGCGACGGAUGAGGCGGAUUUGCUACGUUGUGCUGGCUGUGCGCGCUUUGCCCUUGUAAUGUGGCUGCGUCCA